GGGAGGAGGAGGAGAAUGACAACAAGGAGGAUGGUGUCUGUCCGGCUAGCGUCAUUGUUAUUCGGCUUGAUUUUCGCUCUCUCACUCUCCCGAAGCACCACCACCUCUUUUUUGUUUUUUUAAAUUAUUAUUAUUUUUUUCGGUGGAGAGAAAAAUGCAUACGGAAUCGUGUGUCUGUGCCGUGUAACGAGCGACGUCGUGGUUACGCGCACCUGCCGCGGCGCUGGAACACAGCAAAAGCGUUAUAAAAUGGCUGCGACCUCGAAGAAAUAGUAGUCGUAUUUUAGUCUCUUUUAAAAAAAUCUAUGCCGUAUAGAGGAGGACGUUCGUUGGUUUGUUGGGCGUUCGCGCUCGGCUCUGUUUAUUUUUAGCUAGGAGGUUGCCUCGUACACUUCGGUAACAGCCAUUCCCCUUGCUUUUAUUUCUUUAUUUAUUUUUCAAAAAUAAUAUUAAUCAUUACUACUAAUAACACUCAAUUAGCGGUCAAUGUGUCCUUAAAAACGACUCCGUUCAACAUCAUGUGGGUCAGUCCCGAAGAGGUGUUACUGGCGGGCGCCCUGUGGAUCACCGAGCGGGCCAAUCCCUAUUUCAUCCUCCAGAAGCGGAAGGGCCACGGCGGGGGUGGCGGAGGACUAGCAGAUCUUUUGGUGGGGACCUUGGACGUGGUCUUGGAUUCAAGCGCCCGGAUGGCUCCCUACAGGAUUCUCUACCAAACCCCGGACUCUCUAUCCUACUGGAUCAUCGCUCACGGAACGUCACGUAAAGAGAUCACAGAGCACUGGGAGUGGCUGGAGCACAACAUGCUGCAGACUCUCUCCAUAUUUGAGAAUGAAAACGACAUCACCACCUUUGUCAAAGGAAAAGUCCAGGGCAUCAUCGCCGAAUACAACAAGAACCAUGACGUCAAAGAGGACGAUGACACAGACAAGUUCAAGGAGGUCAGCUCCAAGUUCCGAAAGUUGUUCGGCAUGCCGGACGAGGAGAAACUGGUCAACUACUACUCGUGCAGCUACUGGAAGGGCAAAGUGCCACGGCAAGGCUGGCUAUACCUCAGCAUCAACCACCUCUGCUUCUAUUCAUACCUACUGGGCAAAGAAGUCAAACUGGUGGUGCGCUGGGCGGACAUCACACAGCUGGAGAAGAGCGCCACCCUGCUGCUGCCUGACGGCAUAAAGGUGAGCACGCGCAGCCACGAGCACGUCUUCUCCGUCUUCCUCAACAUCAACGAGACCUUCAAACUGGCCGAGCAACUGGCCAACAUCGCCAUGCGCCAGCUGCUGGACAACAAGGGCUUCGAGGAGGACCGCUCGCUACCUAAGCUCAAGAAGAAGUCGCCCAAGAAGGUGUCGGCCCUCAAGAGGGACUUGGAUGCCAGAGCCAAGAGCGAGCGUUACAGGGCGCUCUUCCGUCUGCCCAAAGAUGAAAAACUGGAUGGGCACACGGACUGCACCCUGUGGACCCCCUUCAGCAAAAUGCACAUCCUGGGACAGAUGUUUGUCUCCACCAACUACAUCUGCUUCACCAGCAAGGAGGAGAUGCAGUGCAGCCUCAUCAUUCCCCUCCGUGAGGUGACCAUUGUGGAGAAAGCCGACAGCUCAAACAUGCUCCCCAGCCCCGUCUCGAUCAGCACCAAAAACCGAAUGACUUUCCUGUUUGCCAACCUGAAGGACCGGGACUUCCUGGUCCAGAGGAUCUCCGACUUCCUGCAGCAGACGCCCUCCAAAAGCUGCCAGGAGCGGGAACUCACGGGCAGCCUCAACAGUUUUGAUGACGAAGUUUACGGAUCGCUGCUGUCCAGCAGCCCGCAUCACAGCGUGAGCUCAGAGGGAGAGCGCACCUUCAAUCUGAACGACAGCAGCGUGCCCACCGCCUCACAGGCCCUCAUGACCAUGUACCGACGCCGCUCGCCUGAGGAGUUCAAUCCCAAACUGGCUAAGGAGUUCCUGAAGGAGCAGGCCUGGAAGAACCACUUCACCGAGUUCGGCCAUGGUGUGUGCAUGUACCGCACUGAGAAGACCAAAGAACUGGUCCUAAAAGGCAUCCCCGAGGGCAUGAGAGGAGAUCUGUGGUUACUGUUCUCUGGGGCCAUCAACGAGAUGGCCACCCAUCCCGGCUAUUACGAAGACCUGGUGGAGCGCUCCAUGGGAAAAUACAACUUAGCCACAGAGGAAAUCGAGCGGGACCUCCACCGCUCCCUGCCGGAGCAUCCCGCCUUCCAGAAUGAGAUUGGCAUAGCCGCCCUCCGUCGGGUCCUCACCGCCUACGCCUUCAGGAACCCAAACAUCGGAUACUGUCAGGCUAUGAAUAUUGUGACAUCGGUGUUGCUCCUCUAUGCUAAAGAGGAGGAGGCCUUCUGGCUACUGGUGGCACUCUGUGAAAGGAUGUUGCCGGACUACUAUAACACCAGGGUUGUAGGAGCUCUGGUGGAUCAAGGCGUGUUCGAGGAGCUGGCCCGCGAGUAUGUGCCUGAGUUGUACGACUGCAUGCAGGACCUCGGCGUCAUAUCCACCAUCUCGCUGUCCUGGUUCCUCACACUCUUCCUGUCGGUCAUGCCGUUCGAGAGCGCCGUUGUGGUGGUGGACUGCUUCUUCUACGACGGCAUCAAGGUGAUCUUCCAGCUAGCGCUCGCUGUGCUGCACGCCAGCAUCCACCAGCUGCUCAGCUGCAAGGACGACGGCGAGGCCAUGACGGUGCUGGGCAGAUAUUUGGACAAUGUCACCAAUAAGGACAGCACCUUGCCACCCAUCCAACAUCUGCAUUCCUUGUUGACGGACAACGGAGAACCACAUCCCGAGGUGGACAUCUUCAAACUGGUCCGCAGCUCUUAUGAGAAAUUUGGCUCCAUCCGCGCAGACGUCAUCGAGCAGAUGCGUUUCAAACAGAGGCUGAGGGUCAUCCAGACCAUCGAAGACACAACCAAACGGAACGUGGUCAGAACUAUUGUGACAGAAACGGCCUUCACCAUCGACGAGCUGGAGGAACUCUUUGUCCUCUUUAAGGCGGAGCACCUGACCAGCUGCUACUGGGGAGGCAGCAGCAACCCGACGGAGCGCCACGACCCCAGCCUGCCCUACUUGGAGCAGUACCGCAUCGACGUGGAGCAGUUCAAGGGCCUCUUCAAGCUCCUCUUCCCCUGGGCCAACGGCGCCCACUCGGACCCUUUGGCCGUGCGCUUCUUUCGCCUGCUGGACCACAACGGCGACGCCUUCAUCAACUUCCGCAAGUUCAUCAAUGGCCUCGGCGUUCUGUGUCAUGGGGACCUGUCGGAAAAGUUGAAGCUCCUUUACAAGAUGCACGUUUUACCUGAGGUGACCAACGAACAGGAAGAGCCCGAGUCUGCCUUCGAGGCCACGCAGUACUUCUUUGAAGACAUCACCCCGGAAACUUCCAUGGGCCAGGAUGCGAAGAACCGAAGCGAGAAGGACGACGGCUUUGUCAGGGUUAUGUUUAAAACGGAAAAAGUGAAGAAGCUGAACGCUCACGACUAUCGCCACUACUUAAAGCUGUGGAACCAGGACAGCAAGUCCAAAAGGGAGAGCACCAAAGAUCUCCCGAAGCUCAAUCAGACUCAGUUCAUUGAGCUGUGCGAGACCCUGUACAGCAUGUUCAGCGAGGACCCCGCCGAGCAGCAGCUCUACCACGCCACCGCCACCGUCACCAGCCUGCUGCUGGAGAUGGGAGAGGUGGGCAAGCUAUUCUGCGCCGCUCGCCGGGACCACCAACGCGGGGGGGAUCACUCCUCCGAGGAGGAAGAGGAGGAGCGUUCGCCAGCCAUGCAGGACAUCAAGCUGGAGGACGCGUCUCCCAAAUCGGCCAUGCUCACCUCGGACGACGAGGCCAAGGACGACACAUCGGUGUCGUCGUACUCGGUGCUCAGCGCCGGCUCGCACGACCCGGAUGACAACAACAGGCUGCGCUGCGAAGACAUCGCCGACGACACGGUGUUGGUGAGGAGCGACGGGGACGAGAAGAAGAAGAAGAAGGACGCUGAACCCGGCUUGGACAUAGACUGGGCCAUCACCUUCGAGCAGUUCCUGGCGUCCGUGCUCACCGAGCAGGCGCUGGUGCUGUACUUCGAGAAGCCCGCGGACAUGUCGGCCCGCAUCACCAACGCAAAGAAUGUACGCAAAGUCGGACGCAAAGCCCUGCUGUCCACCAGUGACUAUGAAAUCUCACUCUCCGGUUGAGACCGAGACUUCUUACCGCUUAUUAUUUAUAUUUGUACGCCGUCUCGUGUGGGUUUUAGAUGAAUAUUGACAGUAAUCCCCCACUAUUGGCGGCGGAAAGGAACCGAGCCCUGCUACCUAUUGCGAAAAUCUUUGAUUAAUGCCACCAGAUGUUGGCAAAGUACUACUUCUGUCGGAAUGAAGCUCCUUAACUCACUUCAACAUAGGUGUUCGGCACCAAAAUGCCACAAGAUGGUGGCAAAACACUAUUUUCUAAAAUGAAGCUCCUCAACUCACGUCAAGAUAGUUGCAUGGCACAAACAUUCUGCAAGAUGGUGGCAAAGCGUGACUUUUGCCUAAAAUGAAGCUCCUUAACUCACUUCAACAUAGUUGUUCGGCACCAAAAUUCCACAAGAUGGUGGCAAAACACUACUUUUUUUUUCUAAAAUGAAGAUCCUCAACUCACGUCAUCAUAGUUGCUUGGCACCAAAAUGCCACAAGAUGGCGGCAAAAGCCAGAAAUAUGUAGGGAGGUUCACUGUAAUCGAUGCCUGUAAAAGGUUCUAAUUGCCCGUAUUAAUAGUUUAAAGGGUAAAUAACGACAAACUAUUUUCCCAAAACACUUCAAGGGAAUUUCAGAAAAAGUGAAUUUAUGAACAGCGAACUGCCAAUAUACGGGAGAUUACUGUCAUGUCAAAUAGUGCAAUGAAUGUCACCAAAAACUCUCGAGUAGAGACAACAUACUGUAAUCACAUGUAGUCGCUGUACAGUAGAUAGUGCUAUCACUGUAAUCUAUUACAGUUUUUCCCAACAUUUACUGAGCCAAGACACAUUUUAUGUUAGCAAAAUCUCACUGCACACAAAAAUGUCCCAAAAUGUAUACUCUAUAUGUCUUUUCUCACAGAUUGACUUAUUCAGUGCGAAACGUGGGCCUGUGUAGUUGAACACUUUGCUAUUAUUCAGUUGUAUGAAUGGCAACAGGUGGAUACACAGGUUAAUUGGAUCUUCCGCCUGUCACUAUAAUUUGCUUAGAUAGAUAGAUAAACAAAGAUAUAUUAUUUGUUUUAAAUAAUGAUUUUCAGAACAAUGAAGUGAAAUUGGAUGAUUUUGGCACAAUGGUUUGGAAUCACUGCACCAUGAGACUGUUCAUGUUGAUGCAACUCAUCAUUCCUUAACUGUAGGAAAAAGAAAUCAGAAGAGAGACGGCAGGCAGUGAGAGAACUAGAGCGCUGCAGCAAAAUGGAGACUAAGGCACAGCGGGAGCUAACAACAACAGCCGGUUCAUUUUUGACCAAGCGCAGACCAGCGGCUCGUAAACGGGUACUAGAAACCAGCUGCUUUUGCCAGUGGAAAAACCUGGGAGGAGAGUAGAGCCGAGCGGGUACCGUGCGGUUGACAAGUAGCGUACGCUUAUUCCACUUGCGCUGAUUAUGUCACCUUCCCAAAUAAUGGGAAUAAAUAAUCAAGUUAUUCCUUCCAAUGAUCCUGAUGCAGAGUUUUACACAGGAAGUGCUGAGAGGUGUACAGUAAGUAGAAAAUGUUUAGGUAGUGUAGGAUGACAAUGUCACUAAAGCGCUGUUGUAUGGACACACUGUCACUUUAUGUGGGCUCUACAAGCACUCAUGUAUUUUAUAGUUUAUGUUCCUGAUGCCUUUUUUUUUUUUUUUACAAUUUUUGUACACAUUUGUUUUUGUUGCUUCAUUUGUUCGAUGCACUGAAUAGCACGACGUCAAAAUAAAAUG